GCUGUGGCUCUACAGAGUGCUGAGGAAGGUCGGGGCAGAACCCAGUACUUGGGGUUCCGCUCGGCUUGCUCUUGCCACCGAGAUGCCUAAGAAGGCUGGUGCGACGACCAAGGGUAAAAGCCAGAGUAAAGAACCAGAGAGACCUCUUCCUCCCUUAGGUCCUGUGGCAGUUGAUCCUAAAGGUUGUGUCACCAUAGCCAUCCAUGCCAAACCUGGCUCCAAACAAAAUGCUGUAACAGAUUUGACAGCAGAAGCCGUAAAUGUAGCUAUUGCAGCACCGCCAUCAGAGGGAGAGGCUAACGCCGAGCUCUGUCGGUAUCUUUCCAAGGUCCUAGAACUCAGGAAGAGUGAUACGGUUUUGGAUAAGGAGACAGGGUCUUACUAUGUUUCUCAGGCUGGUUAUAAACUCUUGGCCUCAAGUGAUGCUCCUACCUCAGCCUCCCAAAUGCUGAGAUUACAGGCAUGA